GCUCUCGAUGAGUUAACUCUACGGCCGGAUUCAAUCAUUUCACUCUGUAGACUCGCGCUCGUAUUUCCUGGAGUUUUUAUCCCUUGAUUCAAUACAUUACAGCUUAAAGUAUUUGUUUCAUUGAGAAUCUCGAUUCGGAAAUUGUGAAAACCUUGAAAGUUUGAAGGUUGAGAUCGAAACGCGGCUUCUGCUGAGGAUUUCUUUCGUACUCGGAAUGAGUAGACUUGUGCGACUGUCAGGCAUAAAAAGCCUGGAGCAGUUUAGAUCUUCGCCUGGAUCUAGUUCAGGAGUUGCGAAUGCAAAAAUGCUUUCAAGCUCUUCUCUCGCGCCUUCAGACUCGUUUUCUUAUGGAAGCUUUGCUAAUCUGACGCUUACUGCAGAGAAAUUACUCAAGGAGCAAGUUUCUGCAAGAAAUGACCUCGAAUUGGCGAACUCUAAGCUCACGAAAAUGACAGAGCAAAUUCAUGUACUGGAAGAGAAAUUGCAGAAUGCAUUCAAUGAAAAUGCAAAGCUUAAAGUGAAGCAGAAAGAAGAUGAGAAACUAUGGGAAGGACUUGAAUCUAAGUUCUCUUCAACAAAGACGCUCUGUGGUCAACUUACAGAAACUUUACAGCUAUUAAAUGUUCAGGUUCAGCAUGCUGAAAAAGAUAAGGCGUUUUUUGAAGAUAAAUUUUCUGCAACAUCGAUUGCUCUUGAUAAAUUGCACGAGCAUAUGAAGUCUAUGUCCUUGAGGUUGGACUCAUCAGAAGAAACAAUUAAAACUCGUGAGGCGGAGCUUAUGGAACUUGCCCUUGCAAAGGAAAAAAUGGAGUCAUGUUUCAGAAAUGAACAGAAUAGAACUGCUCACGUGAUUGAGGAGAAAGAUGCUAUGAUAAAACAAUUGGAAGAAGAUGUCGCAGCAAACAAAGUGGCCGUGCAGAGUUUGACAUCUAAGAUGGAAAAGUUGCACUUUGAAAUGAGAGUAAAAGAAGAUGAUAUGCAACAAUUGAGUAUCUCCCAGGAAAAAUUGGAGACUGAAAACAAGGAUCUGUUAUCUAGCAAAAAUGAUUUCGCUAACAGAUUGGAAAUGGCACUCAAGGAGAUAGAAAAGCUUGAGGAUUUUGUUAACAUACUGGUUCUGAAGUUCACUGAACUGGAGAAUCAAAGCCUGACAUUUUCUGAAAAAGUCAUGCAGCUUAGUUCUUUAUUUGAUUCAUGUCUUAGUCUGGCACAGCAGGAGAGAGACCUUGUUUCUAAGAAUGCUAAACUAAAGCUUGAUCAGAUGCACAACCAUUGUACAUGUGUUAUAUCCGAGAAAAAUGCUUUACAGUUGAUUAAUCAUGAAUUAAACAAUAAAGUUCUUGAACUUCAGAAAGAACAGGAAUUUGCGAUGGUGCAGCACGCAGAAGAAUGCCGGUUAGCAGAAGAGAAACUUCGGAAAUUGGAGUCUGAAUCAGAAACUCUUGUUUCUAAGCAGACUGAAAUGCAAGCUUUGAUAGUCAAAUUGGAGGAUGAGCUCAGAAUUUCAUCAGAAAACUCAACAUUAUCUGAUAAAAAAUUGCAAGAUUUAUUGCUGAAACUUUCUGACUUAGAGAAUGAGAGCAAAGGUCUUAUAGAUGGGCUAAAAGCAGAUGUCCUGAAAAAGCAAGAUGAAAUUGAUUUUUUGCACAAGGAGGUUAAGAAAAGUGAAGAAAACAUAGACUCACUUCAGAAAAGAGUCGUUGAGCUUGAGAAUACACUAGAGGAGAAGGCUCAGCUUGCCAUGGAACUCAAGACCAGAGAAAAACAGUUGGAAGAUCAGAAAGCUGAGAUUAUGGCAUCAGUGGCUGAAACUGAAAGUAAACUUGAGGAAGCCAAGAAGCAACAUGAUCACAUGUUAGAGAGCAAACACUUAGAACUGUCAAAGCAUUUGAAAGAAAUAUCUCAGAGAAAUGAUCAGGCCAUUAGUGAUAUAAGAAGGAAGUAUGAGGUGGAGAAGCAGGAGAUUCUUAAUUUUGAGAAGGAAAAGGCAGAUAAAGUUAUCCAAGACAAGGAAAAAGAAUAUGAGCAGAAGAUUGAAGAAUACAAAGAAGAAUCUCGGCAACAUUUGCUGCAGGUGCAGGAAGAACAUGCUGCACUGAUUAGCAACAUUCAGCAGCAACAUGCAAACAAAGAAACGAACCUCAUAUUUAAGCACACUGAAGAACUAAAACUCACUCAACUUCAAGCUGAAACUGAACUAAGAGAGAAAACAAAAUUACUUAGGUCUGAGCAUGAGGCUCAGCUAAGAGCUUUGAGGUGUGAGCAUGAAGAUGAGUGCAGAAGACUGCAGGAGGAAUUGGAUAUGCAAAAGGCCAAGGAAGAGAGGCAGAGGGCCUUGCUACAGCUGCAGUGGAAAGUAAUGGGUGACAAUCCACAAGAGGACCAAGAAGUAAAUUCGAAAAAGAACUACUCUAUUUCGUCCUCUAAGAUGAAAAACAAAGAUGGCAGCAAAAGAAUUCAGCAUGCUCUUGACAGAACAGAGGUCGAGGAAAAGGAUUCCCCUUACCUGAAAGCCACUGAAACUCCAGUUUCAAACUUGUUGAAGAAGGUUGAGAAUGUGAAUAGUCUGCCCAAGCAUAGCAGGAAGGUGACUCACCACGAAUAUGAAAUUGAAACCUCGAAUGGCAGAACAAUCACCAAGCGAAGGAAAACUAAAAGUACAGUCAUGUUUGGGGACCCAAGGAAGCACAGGAAGAAGGACACACCAAAAGCCAGGACUCCCAAAAAUGUUAUCCAGGCGAGUGGAGCCCGUCCAAAUCCAUCUAACAUAGGUGAUCUGUUCACGGAAGGAUCUCUGAACCCAUAUGCAGAUGAUCCCUAUGCAUUUGACUAG